AUGAGCCAGGUGAGUCGAAUGGUGGCCACAGUGGCACUAUUCCUGCUGAUUGCUCCACAACCAGCACUAUUGUUUGGGCACUCAGAUGAAUCAUCUGAGGCUGUUGCAAUUGAGAAGGAGAUCGAUGAUGCCAUGGAAAAUAUGCAAUCGCACUUUGAAUUCGGCAGCGUAAUCACUGGCAAGGAUUCCAGGAAAAUCUCCAAGGCCUUCGAAAAUCUCAGUAAUUAUAUUCAAAGGAAAACCAAUACCAAGCCCAGAUCCAAUUCGGAAGACCAUGAUGGAAAGGUUUUCCACAUUCAACCAACCGACAACACCAAUAUUCGAUUUUCCUACCAACUACCAAAAGGGAAAAAACAUACGAGUUUAACCGGCAAGAAAAAGAAGCAGCCUGAAUAUUUCUUAAAUUUUACAUUUAACAACUACCGAAAUCCCAAAAAAACGCUGGAUCACAAUACACUCGUAAAAAAACUGAAAAUGCGACGAACUGGCAGGCGAUUGCUGCCCAAUGGAAUGCCCAAUCCUUAUAGAUACUUUCCACUUAAAGGCGAAGAUAUGUAGAUAAUAUACUUCACAAUCUACUGAUUUGCUUACUAACAACGAAAUGUUUACUCACUGAUAAUAAAAAUAGCUUUUUAGUGCUUAUUCAUUCACAAGAAAA